GAGGCAGAUGGAGAGUACAGACGGUACUGGAUCUUUGGCUCUGGAACUAAACUGAUUGUAUCAGAUAAGCCGGUAGUGAAGCCCGUGGUGAGCGUGUACCCAGCAACAUCCAGAGCCCACCUGGAGGGGAAGAGCGCCCUGCUGUGUCUGGCCUCAGCCAUGUUUCCUCCUCUGGUCCAGUUCUCCUGGAAAAGACGAAAGGAGAAUGGUCCUCUGGAGGAUCUGCCCCCUGCUGAGGGAGAGCAGCUGGAGAUCAGAGAGUUGGGACGCACCACCGCCAUCUUGCUAAUCCAUCAGCAAAAGCAUAGCAAAUAUAAAUACCGCUGCUACAUCCAACAUGAGGGGGGACCAGUGGAGGCCCAAACAGAACAAGAGGUUUCUACUCUUCCACCAUCACCAACAUCUCUUCCACCAGCAGCUUCUGUCCCGUCUCAGUACCUCAGUACAGUGGAGGCCCAAACAGUGGAGGCCCAAACAGAACAAGAGGUUUCUACUCUUCCACCAUCACCAACAUCUCUUCCACCAGCAGCUUCUGUCCCGUCUCAGUACCUCAGUACAGUGGAGGCCCAAACAGUGGAGGCCCAAACAGAACAAGAGGUUUCUACUCUUCCACAAUCAGCUUCUGUCCCGUCUCAGUACCAAGUGAAGUUGUUCUGUCUGCUGUACACACAGCUGAUAGUGAAGAGUCUGGUGUACUGCUGUGGACUCUCUCUGCUGAUGAUCCUCAGAAACAAGGGACCGUCCACCAACUGAACACAUGCUGACUGACUGUUUUCUGCUCGACUUUUCUCACCAUCAAAUCUCAUAAAUUCAUCUAAUUUAUCACUUUGAUCAGUAUUGACAAAUAUCAAUUAUGACGUGUUGUAGUUGUCAUCCUAAACAUACGUAUACAUAAAUAUAUUUCUGAAGUUACUAAGUGUGAAUUGUGUGUAGUGUUAUUUUAAUACUAUUUGAUACUGAUUAUUUCUACUUUAAAUGGUGACUUGUAUAUUGAUAGAAAAUGAAUGUGAAUCAUCAGCUGUCUGGUAGAUAUUUUAUAGUGUAAAGUAUUUUUUUGUUCUUCUUUCUUUUUAAUACAUUAUGCAAAGCUUUGUCAAAUUCUUUCAUUGUUACGUUCUCAAUAAACUGAAAAAUCUAAAGUUUC